UCAAUAUCAAAUUUGCGCCAUCUCUCUCUCUCUCUCUCUCUCUGUGUGCAUGAAAGCGGUAAUCUACAACUGCAAUUUAUAACGUUUUGUUCCUGCUCUCCAAUAAAUUCCGGUCCUUGUUUCUUUCCAGCUACCUUGAGUUCUGCCACUGAUCAUCAGCUGUUAGAUAAUUAAGGUCAAGCAUCUCUCUCUCUCUCUCCCUCCUGCAUCCUCAGAAUUCAUCAGAUCUUUGCUGCAGAUAUGCUCAGAUCACUAACCAGAGAGUUUAAGCUGAUCAGCUGCAAUGAUUUUCUCUGUAAGCGAGCGAUGCCCUUUUCAACGUUUGGUGCAUCUGGCCAUGGAAGGCUGGAAGGCAAGGUAGCCAUAAUAACAGGAUCAGCUAGCGGGCUUGGGAAGGCCACGGCCCACGAGUUCAUCCGACAUGGAGCACACGUCAUAAUUGCGGACUCAGAUUCUGAGCUGGGUCCACAAGUUGUCAAAGAGCUGGGCCCCGCAUCCUACUUUGUCCAGUGCGACGUUGCCAUUGAGUCUCAGAUAGCACAGGCUGUAGAAACCGCCAUGGCCCGUCAUGGAAAACUUGACAUAAUGUACAACAACGCGGGAAUAACAGGCCCAGCGUUCCCGCCCAGCAUCGCUGACCUGAACCUUGAAGAGUUUGAUAGCGUGAUCCGGGUCAACUUGCGGGGCGCGGUUGCUGGGAUAAAGCAUGCGGCCCGAGUUAUGAUACCUGCGGGCUCAGGCUCCAUACUGUGCACGUCCAGCAUAGCUGGGCUGUUGGGUGGCCUUGGGCCUCACCCCUACUCGAUAUCGAAAUUUACGAUACCUGGCCUGGUGAAAUCACUGGCGAGCGAGCUGUGCCGAAACGGGAUCCGAGUCAAUUGCAUAUCGCCGGGUCCAAUACCGACGCCACUGGCCGUGCGGGAAAUAAAGCAGUUUUAUCCGGGGACGACGGAGGAGCAAGUUAAAGAGAUAGUGAAUGGGCUGGGAGAGCUCAAGGGUGCGAAGUGUGAGGAGAUAGAUGUGGCGCAAGCGGCGGUGUAUCUGGCGUCGGAUGAAGCAAAGUAUGUGACGGGUCAUAAUCUGGUGGUGGAUGGAGGGUUCACCAGCUUCAAAAGUCUUAGCUUCCCUCCUUCUCGGGAUCAACCUGUGUAAUGUAAUCCCUAGUAUAUGCCUAGAGUCAAGACUCCAAUAAGGUUUAGACUUGUUUUCGUUACAAACGUACACAAGUUAAUUGGUGUUUGCGUACGUGCUUAUCAUGCAUGUCUUUUUUAUUUCAAGCAGCUUGAUUAUAUUACAUAC